AUGUCGAUGCUCCCGACUUUUGGCUUCACCCAAGAGCAAGUGGCCUGCGUCUGCGAGGUGCUCCAGCAAGGCGGCAACAUCGAGCGGCUGGGGCGGUUCCUCUGGUCCCUCCCUGCGUGCGAGCACCUCCACAAAAACGAGAGCGUCCUGAAGGCCAAGGCCGUGGUGGCCUUCCACCGGGGCAACUUCCGCGAGCUCUACAAGAUCCUGGAGAGCCACCAGUUCUCGGCGCACAACCACCCCAAGCUGCAGCAGCUCUGGCUCAAGGCGCACUACAUCGAGGCGGAGAAGCUGCGGGGGCGACCCCUAGGGGCGGUGGGCAAGUACCGGGUGCGCCGCAAGUUCCCGCUGCCCCGCUCCAUCUGGGACGGCGAGGAGACCAGCUACUGCUUCAAGGAGAAGAGCCGCAGCGUCCUCCGCGAGUGGUACGCCCACAACCCCUACCCGUCCCCCCGCGAGAAGCGGGAGCUGGCCGAGGCCACCGGCCUCACCACCACCCAGGUCAGCAACUGGUUCAAGAACCGCCGGCAGCGGGACCGAGCGGCCGAGGCCAAGGAAAGGGAAAACAACGAGAAUUCCAACUCCAACAGCCACAACCCGCUCUCAGCGUCAAUGAACGGGAAUAAGACAGUUUUGGGGAGCUCAGAGGACGAGAAGACGCCGUCAGGGACCCCGGAUCACACCUCCUCCAGCCCCGCGCUGCUGCUCAGUUCCAACCCCGGGCUGCAGCCCCUGCACGGCCUGGGCCACCCCCAGGGCCCCAGCGCCAUCCCCGUGCCCAGCGCCGACCCCAUGCACCACCACAGCUUGCAGGACUCCAUCCUCAACCCCAUGUCAUCCAACCUGGUCGAUCUGGGCUCUUAAAACCGUGUACACGCUCCCUCCUUCGCGCCUCCUUUACUCUUAUAUAUUUUUUUUCCCUUAAUCUUACCAGAGACUUUUUGAAAGCAAUGACAAACUCCUUAGUGGAAGUGUUGUGUGCCCUUUGGCAGCAGGCUGGCUGCAGGUUUGGAAGGCAUUGGACUCGUCUGUGGGCAAUAAUGGUGUAAAAAGCGUGGAAGGUUGCUUAAAGCUGGUCCCAGAUGGGGACGGGCUGUCGGACAGGGCCUGUGGCUUUCAUGCCAGGCCGUAACGCGGUGUGGUGGGGCAGCUCUUCCCAGCCUUGAUUUCCCAAAUCUCUCGGUGGUGUUGCUCGGUCACCCGGCCUGUGGGUGAAGAGGCACAUUGUAAUUUUUUUUGGGGGGGUGGGGAGGACGGGAGAGCGCAAGGCCGCUGUUUACAUGCUUGUUGGGAAGUUUCGCAUCGCUCCCGCUAUCCUAUUGUAGUUAUGUAUCCGUGGCAGGUGUACGAUGUACAAUUUCAACUAAGAAUACAAAAGCUGUAGUCAAGUUAUAGCAGCGACACGCUCUAGGCAGACUCUGUAACUUUCUUGUAGCUGAUGCUAUGCAGAGAGGCGGCUUCUUCGGCCUUGUCCAUGUGGUGCUUUCGCCAUUUGCUGUGUGGGAAAGGAAGCAAUGGCCCGAGCCCGGCCCCAGCAGAAGUGGGGGGGGGGGGGCAGAUGCUGCCCGCGGCAUUCACCGGGGGCAGGAGCGGGCUUUGAGAGAAGAGGAUCUGCUGCUCGAGUUUAGACUUAAACGACAGUA